CGUCACAGUUUAUUAUCUUCAUCCUUGAGUGAGUGGUGUGAUCAUUCUUUAGACGAUCUUUGACGAUUAUUGUUAUUCCGCGAUUCCUUGCAUUGUAUUUGCCACAUUUGCAUUGCAUGCUAAAAUAUACCUAUCUAUCGCAUUGGUUGUGUUAUUUUGUGAAUUUUCCUUUGAACCAUUUGUUUAUGGUCAAAGCAAGGCAAUAAUAAUUAGACUUAUUUUUGCGACAUCAUAUAGUAGCUUGUGUGAACUGAUAGUGGCCAAACUGUUCACAUCAACAUAUUGCUCAGUGGUGGAAAAGUCACAUAAUCAGACUAUUUUUAAGAAAUAAUUUCGUCAUGCCUAAGGGAAAGCAUAAGGGGAAGCACCGGGUGUUCACCAAUCCUGAGCAGCUGGCAGAGGAGCAGAAGAGGGAGGAGCGAGAGCGGGAGUGGCGCCAGAAGAGGGGAGAGGAGUCGGAGUCAGAGUCCGGCUCAGGCUCUGGCUCAGAGUCAGACUCAUCUAGUGAGGAGGAGCAGAAGCAGCAGGCAGCCAAGCCAAAAGGUCCUGCAGUCUCAGUUGAGAACCCAAACCGUGUGCAGCAGCGUAACAAAAAGCUCUCACAGCUGAAUGUAGAAGAGAAGGCGCCCCAGCAACUGUCACGCCGCGAGAGGGAAGCCAUUGAAAAGGAGAAGGCGCGGCAGCACUAUCAGAAACUGCACGCCCAGGGUAAGACGGCCGAGGCGCAGGCCGACCUGGCACGGUUGGCUAUCAUCCGAAAACAGAGGGAGGAGGCGGCCAAAAAGCGCGAGGAAGAGAAGAAAGCCAAGGAGGCAGCUAAGGAGGCCGGCAGGUCCAAGCGGUAGCCGGCGGCUCGGCGUGCGCCCCGCCGUUCCCGUUCGGUCCUUCGUUAUGUCGUUGGAUCGUGUCGCUUCAUCAGGCGAGGCCGCCGGGCGCCCCGCUGCAUUCGCUCUCGCCCUUUCGCUCGCGUUUCUGAUGGUUUCACAUUAUUAAUACUAGGCCGUGAUGGCGUUUAAGCGUUUCGAGCGAUAAUACACGAGUUUGAACCGGUGA